AUGCCGCCGCCGGCGCAGCAGCAGCUACAACAGCAACCGCAAGAUGUUCUUGCCGAGGCCAGAAAAAACUUGCAGGUCUUGAUAGACUCAGGCAUGUCUCGGGACCUUCUACACCAGCUCGUCGACGGCAGCCCAACGCUACAGUUUAACUUUCCCGUCCAAUCGUCGCUCCCUCAACUGCCCUCUCAGUCUCAUCAAGGACAGGUCCAGCCGCCGCCGCCGCCGCCGCCAUCGCUUGCCCCCCCUCCGCCUCCGCCGCAAUGUCCUCCACCUCCAAUUCCCACAGCUCAACAGCAGCAGCAACAGUCAUCGUCACCACAGGCUGCCCAGAGCCCGCAACAUGUCUUGUCUCCUUCCGCGACGCCGACUCCAACCCUUCCAUCCUCGCAUGCUGCCCCUGAGGUCAAACCCGACAUGCAACUUCCCAGCGAUGUUCCCCGUACUUGCUCGACGACUUACAAUAACACCGCCGCGACCUCGCCUUCGUUUGCGCCUACGCCCAACGAUGGGAGCCAUUUUGCAGCCAUGAUGGCCUUCCCAGGUGCAGCUGCUCCCUUUGCUCACCGCCCACGGAUCUCCGUUUCGUCGACUAGCUCCGGCUCUUCUGGCCACGCCUCGGUCUUUUCCAACUUGUCGUCGCACUCGGCCAUGUCAUGGGCUUCGACCGGGUCGAACUGCACGCCUCGCAUGCAGGCGCCCCUGCCCAUGCCGCCCAGUAUCAACCCUGGAACGGGCACACCUCUUAUGAAUGGCGGCCAGGUCGGUGCCAGCGGCUCCACCAGCAAGCACAACAUCUACUGGUGCACCUCAUGCGAGACAAGUUUCAAGCGUAAGUACGACUGGAAGCGCCACGAGGACGAGUUCCAUGAGCGGUGGAGGAAGUAUCCUUGCCCCGAGCCUGGCUGCAACCGCAGCUUCUGGGGUUCCAACUCGUUUAAUCAGCACCACAAGCAGUGCCACGGCUGCACCACCUGCCCCCACGCCGAGAAGGUGGUUAAGUUCCUGAGGAAGCGCAAGUACUGGGCCUGCGGUUUUUGCUCUGCCCUUCACCCCGCCCGCGAACGUCAUGUCGAGCACGUUGCCCGUCACUUCGAGUCGGGAAUGACAAAGGGGGAGUGGAUGCACUCGCGUGUUGUCUAUGGCCUCCUCCACCAACCCCUCAUUCACGAGGCCUGGGAUGCCCUCAUAACCAGCAAGCAUUCCGAAUAUGGCCCUCGCCGCCCACGCUUUAGCUGGCACCCCACCAAGACGGGUCGCGCCCAAGGUUUUCUAGAAAAGGAGAACCCUGGCCAGCUGCAAGAUCUACUCGAGUUCUUCUCGGGUGAUGAGGGCGAGGCCCAGUGGAUCGCCAGCGUUGCCUAUGACCUAGCCGAUAUAGUCAUGGAUAACAGUGGCCAGCUCACGCCUACCCCGUUCCCGACUCACAACCCCAUGGCUGCUCCUCCUUCCUACCAGGAUCCUCGCAUGUCGUUUGCCUCGAUGCCGCCUCCGCCGCCGCCUCAGCAGCAGCAACAGCCUAUGCUGGCGUCGGAACCCAACGCCCACAAUCCAUACGCCGCAGCCACCUUCCAGCCUCCACCCAUGCUCAUGGCCUCGCAACCCUUUGCUGGCCCAUCGCCUCCGUCAUCGGCAUCCCACUCCCCGCUGACAUCAAACCACUCGCCCAUCACUCCCUCACAUGCUUCAAUAAUCAAACAAGAGUCUCAGCAGCCGCAGUCCUUGGCACACGCCGGCGAUGGUGGAGACAGCAGCAACAUUAUGGAUUUCGAAUAUUCCCCUGUACCUCCUGUCUUUGAUGAAUGGGAUAGCAUUCACAACCAAGGGAUGGACGACCACACCCAGACCCAGGCCCAACAUGCUCCUUCUGCUGCCCCCUCUCAUUCUCAGUCCGACUGGGGCAACAUGAUGAUGGGAUACUUUGGUGAUUCACAAAUCAGAAGCUCAUGA